GCACCACUAGUCCACUAUCCCCCACUCUCCUUCCUUCCUUGGGUUAACCGCUCCCGCACGCACGCCCACGCCUUGGAUUCUCGCGCGCCCACACAUCUCGCCGGCGCCGAGGAUGCCGGGCGCGAUCGCGGCUUGCUUCCGCUGCGCGCCGGCAGCGGCGGCGGCCGCUGCUCCGCUCGCGUCCGCGUCCGCGUCCUCCGCGGCGGGGCCCAGCCUGGCGACCUCCGUCUACGAGACCCACCUCGGCCUCGUCGCGCUCUCCUGGUCCCGCACCUCGCUCGGCCUCUCGCUCCGCGCCGUCCUCCGCCUCUCGUGCCCGCCCACCCCGGGCUCCUCGCCCGCCGCCUCCUCCAGCGCCGCCGCUGUCUGCUUCGGCGACGACCCGGACGAAGAGACCCUCGCCUUCCGCGUCCGCCCCUGGCUCCUCUGGCGGCGCCGCGGGUCCAGGCGGUUCGCCGCGGGCGGCGACCGCCGCGUCGACCUCGCGUGGGACCUUACCCGUGCCCGCUUCCCGGCCUCCGGGUCCCCGGAGCCCUCCUCCGGGUUCUUCGUCGCCGUCGUGGUCGACGGCCAGAUGGUCCUAGCCGCGGGGGAUUUGCCCGACGCGGCGUACCGCAAGACCCGGGCUCGGAGGCCGCCGCCGGGCCCGCGCUCUGUGCUCCUCUCCCGGCGCGAGCACGUCGCCAUGCGCGACGCCGGAGAGGGCCGCGGCCACAGGACCUGGGUCAACGUCCGGGGCAGGGAGCGGGAGAUCUCCAUGGAUCUCGUGUCCCGCAGCCGCGGCAAGGACAGCGUCAGCAGGGAGAAGGAACGGGCGGACGUGGGGUUGUCCGUCUCCAUCGACGGCGAGCGCGUGCUCCACGUGCGCCGGCUCCGCUGGAAGUUCCGCGGCAGCGAGCGGGUCGACCUCGGCGGCGGCGACCGGGUCCAGGUCUCCUGGGACCUCCACAACUGGCUCUUCCCCCAGCGCGAGCCGCCGCCAACAACCGCGGACACAGCUGCACAAGCGCACGCGGUGUUCGUCUUCCGUUUCGAGGUCGGCGGUGGCGACGGCGGCGAAGCGGAAGAGGGGAAGGAUCUCCUCGACAAGGACUCGUCGAGCAGAAACAAGGGCAUGUGGAGAGGCUACUUCGAGCGGUGGGGCCGAAGGGACUGGAGCGAGACCGGCAGCAACGGGGAGAGGAAGAAGAAGGGGAGAGGGCGGAGGCUGGCCAUGGCGAGCUCGUCGUCGUCAGCGUCCGUGGCCUCGUCGACGGCGUCGUGGGCAAGCAGCUCGACGGUGAUGGACUGGGCCAGCCCCGAGGAGGCCGAGAUGCAGCGGGGCGACGGCUUCUCGCUGCUGAUCUACGCUUGGAAGAGCUAGCGGCGCCGGCGGCGAUACUGUUCGGAUUGGUUGUGUGGUUCGUUUCUCUUCAAAAUUUUGCUGGUGGUUGGGAUUGGCGGAUUGUUGUUGUGAGUUGCAAAUUCUCUUGUGUAGUUUGCCUUGUGGGAUCGAAUUGAUCUUUAGAUUAAUUCCAGUAGUGAUAGCUAAGUGAAACGAACAGCUAGUGUCUGGUAUCUAUACCAUUCUUCGCAUUCGAAAGGAGAAGCAAAAUUUGCGUUUCUUGAUUAUGAUUCACAUUGAGUACA